CCACCAAACGAUGAGAGUUAUCCUUCUUCUUCUGGCUCUGACAGUCUUCUGUGCGGCCGAUGCUCUGGAUUGGACAGCCUUAUUCGGUAUUCAAUCGAAGUUGAUCCUUCAAGCCAAGAAAACCAAUUCGCUUUCGACUCUCUAUUCACUCAUUCCACGAGGACAAGAUAUCGACCAGUAUCUCGCAACUCACGAUGUUCGAGACGUUCACGUCUUCACAGCAGGCAGUAGCACUUUGGGAUCUCGAGCUCUGGCUGAACUCACUGUAUACAGAGGUUAUCACCAAGAUAGAGUCUACGCGUAUCUCUGGCUCAGUCCGAGCAAGCAGAGCGCCACCGGAUACACAAUGUCCAAGGGAUUCAUCUGUGCCAACAUUAUGUGCGUUGGAGAGCAGCCAUCAGUUUGAUAACUCUUAUGAUUGAGAUUAUAUAAAUGAACAUUGUGAAAUUCCA